GGGGAGGGGAGUCAAGUAUCAUUCUAGGUCAGCUGAUCUCUUUUCUUCCAGAAUCUGUGUUUUUCCUUGCCCUAUCACUUUCUCUUGGAUUAUAUUCCCAUGUCUGAGUUUUCAUCCAUACACGAUGAUAGUCAGUAGACUUCCUUCACAUCUGGCUCCUAUCUCUCCUGAUUUCUGCCCUGGGAAUCUUGCUUCUCUCCACCACUGCUCACAGCUUUCCAUGCAGAAGCACUCUAACUUUUCCCCAUACUCCCCAUUUGGAUGUGGACAUAAAAUGAGCUCUAAGUGCUCAGAGACUUUGGGCACAGUUUUGCUCUGUGUGGGUCUUUUGCACUUGGUGUAAAACUACCAUUGGAAACAUCGACUGAGCUUGAGAGGAAGUGAAGGAAGACUCACUUUUCUUCAAGGUGUCUGUCUUUUCUGUAGGCUCAAGUUGGGCAGUGUGGAAUACAGAAGGAGUGUGAAAAUGAAAUGUAUAUCAAGCUCCUGUUAUGUACCAGGCAUUCUGUUCCCAAGCUUUGUGUUCAUUAGUCAUUUCAUGUGUGAUUGGUCAAGGUUCCAUCAUGGAUAUUUUUUCUGAAGGAAAUGUUACAUUUGCCAUUACUCUUCUGAAAAAACUUUGUGAAGAAAAACCGCAAAAUGUGGUGUUUUCUCCCCCAAGCAUCUCAUUUACCCUGAAAAUGAUCCUCUUGGGAACAAAGAAAGAAACAGCUACGCAAAUAGCACAGUUACUUUCCUUAAAUAAAAAGAGAGAUAUCCUUUGGGGAUUCCGAUUACUUAUUUCUGAAAUGAACAAAUCAUCCACUUGGUAUCAGCUUCAAACUACUAACAAGAUCUUUGGAGAAAAUACUCUAAAUUUUGUCCAAUCUUUUAGAAAAGCCUGUUUCAAAUUCUGCAAUUCAGUAAUGGAAGAUGUUUGCUUUUCUCAAGAGGCAGGGGCCAUCAGGAAUUACAUAAAUGACUGGGUAGCAAAGAAGACUGAAGAUAAUAUUUUAGAGGCUCUACCUGAUGGUCUCGUUGAUCCACUUAGCCUGCUGGUCUUUGUGAAUGCCAUCAACUUUAAAGCAAGCUGGGAGCAGGCAUUUGAUCCAAGGCACACAUAUACUGAUGUUUUAAAAAUCAAUCAGAAUGAGAAAAAAUUUCAAAUUAUGAAGAUGAAAGAAGAGUUUCUGACAUAUCCAUUGGAAGAGCUGAAUGGACAGCUCUUCAUCUUUCCCUAUCGUGGAAUGGAAUUGACCAUGAUCCUUGUGUUUUCUACUAUUGGUGACCUAACUAAGUUGGAAAAAGGGCUUACCUAUGAAAGAUUUAUAACCUGGACAAAACCAGAAACAAUGGCCUUGAUGGAAAAUCAUGACGAGAUAUUUUUUCUCCCCAAAAUCAAGAUAGAGGAGACCUGUGACUUGGAGCAUAUCCUCUCUACUUUGGGGAUGUCAGAUGCAUUUGAUGAGCAAAGGGCUGACUUUUCUGGAAUGUUUAUGUUGAAACCUUUGUAUUUAUCCAAAGUUUUGCAUAAAUCUUACCUGGAGAUCAAUGAAGAAGGCAUCAAGGCAUCUGCUGCCACUAUAGCAGCAGAGAUACCAACAGCUGCAAAGAGAAGUGAAGGACUGAAGACUAAUGGUUUCUUUCUAUUUUUUAUCUGGAGCUAUAAAACCAAAAGUAUUCUGUUCUGUGGCAGAGUGUCCACUCCCUAAAGAGAUGUAGUCACUAUCCCUAGAAUAUUUUCCCUCUUGUUACUUACCUUUCUCUUCCUAAGAUGCAUAAAGAUGCUAUAUCUAAAGCA